AUGAAUACGAGUACUGAGAGGUUGGACUUUGUUUCUAGAAUAGCCUUGUUCCUGAUUGUCAUUUUGAUCAAGUGGAUCUUUGCAAUUAGAUGCCUGAUUAUAUGGGUUACAAAUGGUGUAGAGAGGUCCACUUCCUUCAUUCUUUCAACGGCCUUGCUCCUGCUAAGUGCAUGCCACGAAACAAUACGAAAGUUCUCUAAGGUAUCAUCAUUACACACGCUACCAUAUGAAGCUUUAGAUCGUGCCUUCUGGGCUGGCAAUGGCGAUAUCAUUUGUGUCGAUUCAAGUUUCGUUGUUUUGAAAGAAACCGACAAUGAAAAGUCCUCUGACUUACAGGGAACACAGUAUGCUAAACAGGAACUGCCUUCUAAACCGAUUGAACCUCUACAAACCAACAAACUCGUCCUUACACAGAGUUACAUGGAUGUGCUCAAGCUAUAUAAGGGUGGACACAGUCGACACUUUGUGAAGAGGUCCACACCAAGGGUUACCCCAAACUCAACAACUGACGUUGUUGAUAAAGUACAGCCAUCCGAUGGAUCCAUAGAUAUAUUAUCAUGGUCUUGA